AUGGAUGCCACAAUCGAGUGGUUCGGUGCUACCACGUUUCGCGUGAAAGCCAACGGUCUCGUCAUCUUCUUGGACACAUGGCUGGAGCGCCCAGGUGUUCUGCCCAAAGUGUUGGCUAUCGACGAUGUGGAUGAAGCGGAUUACAUCUUCAUCUCCCACGCACAUUUUGAUCAUCUUCCCGGAGCCGAUAAGAUCGCAAUCAAAACCGGAGCGCAUGUUAUUGCUAAUGGCGAAGCUAUCAACGUCCUUCGGUCAGCUGGAGUGCCCGAUGGCCAGUUGAUCCCGGUAUCUGGUGGCGAGCGCAUCCCUCUUUUUCCUUUCAAGUGCCGUCAAGCUGCAGCUCGCGGUGAAGUUGACACCGCUCCUGGGCCACCAGGCGCUCCUCCGGCUCCGGAUGCUAGAUUGGCCGCGACCUCCGUCCAUGUCUGGCCUUCACUACACUGUCUCAUGCCUGGUGGCUCGCAUGCAGAUGUGCCUGCGAUUAUGGAUACAGGCAAGGAGUACAUUGGAGGAGCAAGCCAGUACGCUUGCACACUGGAUAUCACAUUCGGCAUGAAAUACGGCCUCCUCAAGAUUGGCGACCACAUGUCUCGCGAUGCUAUGGACUCGGGCAUGCGCUCUUUCGUCGACUACGUCAACGGCCCGGCGAGGGAAUGCAUGUCUCACUUUGACGGAGGGCAGCUAAUGUACAACUUCCUGUUCGGGGAGGGCAAGACACUGCUGUGGAAUGGACAUCUGGGCGGGUACGAUGGAAUAUUGAAGACGGUGCAGCCACAGCCAGACGUGCUCAUUCAGGCAAUUGCUGGGCGGGCGAACUUGAACGGACGACCGUUUGAUGGAUCUGCGGCGCAGUUCGCGGUGCAAGUAUCGAAGCUUCUGGGAGAGCCGAACAAGGUGAUCUGGUGUUUGCACGAUAAGGCGCCGAUCAAGCCGUGGACGGUGGAUGUAAGCCCAGCUACGCAAGCGGUCGAGAAGGAGACGGGUUCCAGGGUGACUGCACUGCAACUGGGUACAUCGGAUAUGCUUUUCUGA